UGCGAGCGCGCGCGAGCGCAGCAGUGGGAGGCGGCGACCAGCCGGUAGAGGCCUCACCACGAUGUGGCACGAGGCUCGGAAGCAUGAGCGAAAACUCCGAGGCAUGAUGGUGGACUACAAGAAGAGGGCAGAGCGGCGUCGGGAGUACUAUGAGAAGAUUAAGAAAGACCCUGCCCAGUUCCUGCAGGUGCAUGGCCGCGCCUGCAAGGUUCACCUGGAUUCUGCUGUUGCCCUGGCUGCUGAGAGCCCUGUGAACAUGAUGCCCUGGCAGGGGGACACUAACAACAUGAUUGACCGCUUUGAUGUUCGUGCGCAUUUAGACCACAUCCCUGACUACACCCCCCCACUGCUCACCACCAUCUCCCCGGAGCAGGAGUCAGACGAGCGGAAGUGUAACUAUGAGCGGUAUCGAGGCCUGGUGCAGAACGACUUCGCUGGCAUCUCAGAGGAACAGUGCUUGUAUCAGAUCUACAUUGAUGAACUGUAUGGAGGCCUGCAGAGACCCAGCGAGGAUGAGAAGAAGAAGCUGGCAGAGAAGAAGGCUUCCAUUGGCUACACCUAUGAAGAUAGCACUGUGGCUGAGGUAGAGAAGGCAGCUGAGAAGCCAGAGGAGGAGGACUCACCAGCAGAGGAGGAGAGCAACUCGGAUGAAGAUGAGGUCAUCCCCGACAUCGACGUGGAGGUGGACGUGGAUGAGCUGAACCAGGAACAGGUGGCUGAUCUCAAUAAGCAGGCCACCACCUAUGGCAUGGCCGACGGGGACUUUGUCAGGAUGCUACGGAAAGACAAGGAGGAGGCAGAAGCCAUCAAACAUGCCAAGGCCCUGGAGGAGGAGAAAGCCAUGUACUCGGGUCGUCGGUCCCGGCGACAGCGAAGAGAGUUCCGGGAGAAGCGCCUGAGGGGCCGAAAGAUCAGUCCUCCCAGCUAUGCCCGCCGGGACAGCCCCACCUAUGACCCCUAUAAGCGGUCACCUUCGGAAUCCAGCUCCGAGUCCCGCUCUCGCUCUCGCUCCCCGAGCCCAGGCCGCGAGGAAAAGAUCACUUUUAUCACGAGUUUCGGGGGCAGCGAUGAGGAGGCAGCUGCUGCCGCAGCGGCGGCCGCUGCAUCUGGGGCCGCCCCAGGGAAGCCCACCGCACCUCCCCAGCCCGGCGGCCCGACUCCAGGCCGUAAUGCCAGCGCUCGCCGCCGCUCCUCCUCGUCCUCCGCCUCCAGGACCUCCAGCUCCCGGUCCAGUUCGCGCUCCAGCUCGCGUUCUCGCCGUGGAUAUUACCGCUCUGGUCGCCACGCGCGCUCCCGCUCUCGUUCUUGGUCCCGCUCGCGCUCCCGCUCCCGGCGCUACUCACGCUCCCGCAGCCGCGGCCGACGGCACUCAGACGGCGGUUCCCGCGACGGGCACCGCUACUCGCGCUCUCCAGCCCGGCGCGGCGGGUACGCGCCCCGCCGCAGGAGUAGGAGCCGCUCCCGUUCAGGUGACCGCUAUAAGCGGAGUGCCCGGGGACCCAGGCACCAUAGUAGCAGUCGUAGCCGCAGCAGCUGGUCCCUCAGCCCCUCCCGAAGCCGCAGUCUGACCCGUAGUGGAAGCCGAAGCCAGAGCCGGAGCAGAAGCCGCAGCCACAGCCAGAGCCACAGUCACUCACCAUCGCCCCCAAGGGAGAAGCUGACCAGGCCGGCAGCAUCCCCUGCUGUGGGCGAGAAGCUGAAAAAGACCGAACCUGCCGCUGGUAAAGAGACAGGAGCUGCCAAACCCAAGCUGACCCCACAGGAAAGGCUGAAGCUGCGGAUGCAGAAGGCCCUGAACCGCCAGUUCAAGGCGGAUAAGAAGGCGGCUCAGGAGAAGAUGAUCCAACAGGAGCAUGAGCGCCAGGAGCGAGAGGAUGAACUUCGAGCCAUGGCCCGGAAGAUCCGAAUGAAGUUGCCUCCCCUCUCCCCUUGCAGGGAGCGAGAGCGACGGGAGAAGGAGAGAGAAGAGUGGGAGCGCCAGUACAGCCGCCAGAGCCGCUCACCCUCCCCACGAUACAGUCGAGAGUACAGUUCUUCCCGAAGGCGCUCCAGGUCCCGGUCCCGGAGCCCGCAUUACAGACACUAGGCGGAGGACUGAGUUGGGGGCUGUGAGGCUGCUGGGUUUCUGGAGUGAAAUAAAAGCUAACAUUAUUUAAUGCCC